CAAACCUUGAAGCUAAAGAUUGGACGUAACCUCCACACUUCAAGACUGAAAGUGAGAGAGAGAGAGAGAGACUGAGAAUAAACCCUAUUACAGACUGCAGUGAACCCAGUGGCUAAGUUUAGUGUGUGUGUUCUGUGAAGAAGUCAUGAAGACCCCAUUUUGGACCCUGUUACUCUUAAGCUUGAGCGUCACGGGUCAUAGUGACUGCCAAGGGGACUGUUUAACCUGUGGACUCCUCCUACCUGAACAUCAAGCUUUUAAUACAUUGGUAUGCAUUUUGGAAUGUGAGGCACAGGCAUCUCGAGCCUUGACUUGGGAUUUGUGUUACCAAGCAGCGGGUCUGAACCAGCUUCCCCUACCAUUACAGCAGGAGGAAACUUCAAAGCGCUCUGAGGACGAAGCGGAGCCUCUGGCCACAGUGAGCAUAGAGAAUGAUAAUGGUGUGGAGUAUACUGAAGCUUUGGAACGGUUUCGACACGCAGCACAAGCUCUCCGCAGCCAGCAUCCGUCAGAGGAGGAGACCUCACAUAAAUUCGGAAUUUCAUAUGACCCAGAUCUUGACCCGGGGACAGAGGAGGAACAGGAUGGCGUUGAUGUGGGAGAGGAGAAGAGCAGCGAGGCAGCCGUCAGUUUAUCCAAACGAUUCGGAGGGUUUAUGAAAGGCCGCCACGGGUUCCGAAAGUUGGUGAGCUCCGGAAGGCCUUUGCAAAAACGCUAUGGUGGUUUCAUAGGGAUCCGAAAAUCUGCCCGCAAGUGGAACAACCAGAAGCGUGUGAGUCAGUUACUGAGGCAGUACCUGAGCUUGACGGGCCGCUCGGGCCGUUCAGGUCGAUCGGGCCACAUCAGCAACCUCUCCGCCAGAAUCCAAAGACAGAAUGAAGUGUAGUACAAGCCUCUCUGGUCUUUUCACUUACCUCAACUCGACUGCUCAUCAGCCAUCAGUAACUGUGAUCAUCUAUCAUGCACCACAGCCAAGAACGAGAUAAAUCUGUGUUUAAUGAUCACACAAGAGGAAUAUUUUGUAGCGUCGGUUUUUAUCAUUGACAUUUUCAUGGUGCCGUUCCUGACAUAAAUCAUUAUUAGGCUAAAUAUUGCUGAUGAGAACCACUGAUUGUUAAUUUGAGAAACAAUACUUUUAGAAUUAACUUGCAACAUUGUGGAAAAAAUAAAUGGCAAAGCAGUGACACUUGAAUUGAGCACGUGAAUCAGUUACAAUGAGAGCAGUUGUGUUUAGUGGAGUAUCAGGGCAUCAGGUUUUCUUGUUUUGUUUUGGGGAUUGACCUUACUGAGAGAAAAGCACUUUAUAUUUUUACUUUACACAUUGUAUACUGUGCUAAAAUUGGUUGUUUUGCACAGAUGGAUUAAAGGCCUAGAGCAAUCAGACAGCUGGAUGUUUUCUUAAAUUCUAUAUUUGCUCCUAAAUUAAUAGCUGAUUGUAUUCUGUCCAAAAUUAAUAUAUAAAAAGGAAUACUUGUGUAACUGUAUGAUGUUCUCCAAUGAGUGUUUGAGUGCUGCCCCCUAGAGCUCAUACUACAAAUUGUUGCUGCUGUAAUUUAUUUAUUUAUUUUGAGGCAACAUCACGCCGAAUAUGACCACAUUUCCUGACAGAUAUACGUGAAAUAAGUGUCUUGAGAAAUAACAGUUGUCUCGGUGACAGUCCUAGGCUACAAAAACAUGAAGGAAAAUAAUAAUAAAAAUAAUAAUAAAAAAAAAAAAAAAACGUAGAAAAAAGUUGAAACUCACCCCGUGAGUAUCAGAAAACCUGUAGGCAUUAGCUUUACUUCUGCUCAUGACAUUGCGUUAUUUUGGCGCGGGGCUACAUGUUUGUUUGAACAAUGUUCAGGAAACCUGUCUGAAAACAGUCGUUAUUUUUGCAAUUCCAUUUGGUGCCACAUAAGUAGCAUCUUUAAAUGUUUGGUUGCAACUCAUUUUCAGACAAGACUGUCAAUUAAUAUUUAUUUCUAUUUAGCAUGCGUUCCACAUUUUAUGCAUUGAUUUAUGCAUGAAAAUAUUAUACAAAUGAGUUCAGCAUAGUGCUUGUCAUACUCUUUCUCACAUUAACACUAAUUGGAUAAUGUCUAAAACUCACUUUAAAAAAUAAAUAAAUUUCCGGUUCAAGACAAUAUAAGCUCAAUUGACAGCUUUUGUGGCAUAAUAUUGCUUACCACAAAAAUUAAUUUCGACUCAUCCAUCCUUUUCUUUUAAAAAAAGCUAAAAUCGAGUUAAAGAGAGGCACAAACAGUUGAAGUCAGAAGUUUACAUACACUUGGGUUGAAGUCAUUAAAACUAAUUUUUUAUCCACUCCACAGAUUUAAUAUUAGAAGAAGUCGUUUAGGACAUCUACUUUGUGCAUGACACGAAUAAUUUUUCCAACAAUUGUUUACAGACAGAUAGUUUCACUUUUAAUCGACUACCACAAUUCCAGUAGGUCAGAAGUUUACACACACUAAGUUAACUGCCUUUAAGCAGCUUGGAAAAUUCCAGAAAAUGAUGUCAAGCCUUUAGACAGAUAGCCAAUUAGCUUCUGAUAGGAGGUGUACCUGUGGAUGCAUUUUAAGGCCUACCUUCAAACUCAGUGAAUCUUGCUUGACAUCUUGAAAAAAUAAAAAGAAAUCAGCCAAGACCUCAGAAAAAAAAUUGUGGGCCUCCACAAGUCUGGUUCAUCCUUGGGAGCAAUUUCCAAACGCCUGAAGGUACCACUUUCAUCUGUACAAACAAUAGUAUGCAAGUAUAAACACCAUAGGACCACGCAGCCAUCAUACCGCUUUGGAAGUUUCCUAGAGAUGAACGUAGUUUGGAGCGAAAAUUGCAAAUCAAUCCCAGAACAACAGCAAAGGACCUUGUGAAGAUGCUGAAGGAAACAGGUAGACAAGUAUCUAUAUCCACAGUAAAACGAGUCCUAUAUCGACAUAACCUGAAAUGCUGCUCAGCAAGGAAGAAGCCACUGCUCCAAAACCACCAUAAAAAAGCCAGACUACAGUUUGGAAGUGCACAUGGAAAAAAAUAUCUUCGGAUUCGGAGGGGCAGGGGUGGCUGGGGUUGGAUGGGGGGCCUCCAAGUAGGAUUUCGUUUAGAGCCCCCAUAUGCUUAGAAAAGACCCUGGCGAACGAUGUCACAUCGCAGCUGCUUGAGGCUGUAUACACGCGUUGAAACGAAUGUUCUAAACUGUUUGUCUUGAUGGCAGAAGUAGCACCUGCAGCACAAAAUGUGUGUUUACUGCGACUUGACUUUCGACUUUCAGUGUAGACAGCAUCAUUAUUUAUAAUGGGAGUGAUUUGCUUUUGUCACGCCGUCCCGCUCGCAUCUUGUGUAGACACUAGACAGGGUGUCAGUGCCUCACUGUUGCCCAGAUUUUUGUUGUUUUUUAAAGAAAAGGAGGGGCAAGUCAAAAAUGUUUGUGGUAAUCAGUACAAUGCCACAAAUGCUGUUUCUUUGAGCUGAACUUGUACUGAACCUGGAAUAUUCCUUUAAAACCACCAACAUGUAAAGAAUGAGCAGAUAGUCUUUAAGUGUACUUUUACAGUAUUCUACAUUUACAUGCUUGAUUGUAUCUGUGUAAACUCAUUCUUCAAGCAUUUUUGGAAAGCAAGUUUUUCUUUUAAUCCUUUCCACUUGUACAUGAACUGCACAUAAAAGGCCAAUAAAAUAAUUUUAAAAUUGUUCAUUAUUUGUCAUGCACAAAUGACAAGCCUUUGAAAGUUGCAUAUUUUAUCUUGUGUCUUUUUAAUAAUACGUAACAAUAUCUCUCUUUUUUCAAUAUAGUGUUACACUUUCAAAUCAUUUAUAUGUUCCCUAGGUUAUGAUCCAGUAUUGUACAUGUAAGACCUUAACACUGUUUGGAAGGAUGACAAGAAACUUACAAAAGGAGCAAGCCCAAACUGUUCUCAGGGCAGUGUUCAGUCAAACUCCCUUUAGCUUUGCAAUAGCACUUUGGUAUUCAAUCAAAAGUUUAUAGCUGCACUUUUAUCUCCAUCGUAAACACACUCUAGCCACUAUAAUGGCUAACAUCGGUCUCAUCUUUCACUCAACUCUUUAGCUUUAUAUCUGGCAGUUUAGACUGAUUAGGAAGCGCUAUGGCAAACGACCUUAGUCAAACCCUGCUAAACUUAAAGUUGACAAAAUUCUGAGUAAAUACGUAAAAAAAAAAAAGACAAAA